AUGUCGACUUCAAGACCAGCCGAGCAUCUGACCAUUGGCUACCCGCCACAGACCGUGUCCGCUCAGAACCGCUCCAACUCCCCAACAAGCACCUCCCCCAACGACCCCCAGUCCGCCGGCAGCACCCUGAGGUCUCCAUAUGGUCUUUCUCCAGGUCUGACGCCCACCUCCAAGAUGCCGGGUGCUUCGCGCUCUGGUGCCGGUUCUCCGAAUCACGAGAUGGCGGCGUCUGGCCGUUUGUUCUCCAAGCGGGCCCGAGAAAUCCAAGCUCAAGAAGGCAUCCCGGGAAUCCCGGUGAAUCCCUGGGGCGGACCUCCGACUAGCGGCAACUCGACUCCUCUUCGUGAAAACAUCCCCGAGUCGCCGACCGAUGGCUUCCCCGACUUCGCACAGCUACCCACACCACAGGAGCUUCCCUCAACACGCCGUGCUCGUGCCGGCACCGUUCCGUCUCGCUUCUCCCCGGGUGGGGCCGGCAAUGGAUUGCUUGCCAUCCCGUCUCUGGCUUCCAAGACGUCUCGUCCAAGCCCCUCUCAGACGCCGUUCAAGUCUCCAUCACCGGGCAUCGAGUCAUCCGGCAACGAUAUUUCCAAUGCUUCAGCACUUCUCUCGAGGCUGAGGGCUGGCUCCAUGCCACAAAGAAGCCCGUUCGCCCACGUGCCUGGCACCAGCUCUCCGUUUGGUCCUUCUAUCUUCAGCAGCUGGAACCCCACCGGGACAGGGCGCGACAGAGGCAACACACUGGCCAGCAUUGCCAGUGUUCCUUCCAACGGGCCUAGUUCUCCCGCGCAGUCUCACUUUUCCCGAGAGGGCAAUGCUGAGAGUGAUGUUCAUAUGAGAACGCUGGACUACCUUGGUCUUGCGGAAACACCUCAGCCCGCACGAGCUCAGAUUGCUACUCCGACAUAUGUCCCCAACUAUGCCGAUUUCUCCAAGGCCGCCAACCGUUUCCGGUCUUACUCGGUGAACAACAAGGACAGGUAUGCGGACGAAGAUGAGGAUGAUUAUGACGACCCGGUCAUGAUGAUGGAGAACCAGUAUUUGCAGAUUCAGGAUCAGCUCGCUGCCACCAAUGCUGCCAUCCAGCAGCACAACCUGGCCUGCUGGAUACUCCGGCAUCCCGCGUUCUUCGCAACUACUACCCCACUCCCUCCAGGCUUGAUGAACUCCAUCACGGCCUCUGACAUCCGUGUUUCUGGUGACAAGGAAUACGAUGAUCUUCCGCAAGCCGUUGCUGGGUUGUCGCUUGGUAGGUCCAACAGUCGCAACAAUGGCCUCUUGAGCGCCGAAGAACAGGGGCUGGAAGGUCCAACUAGUGCUUUGGUCUUGACUCACAAGAACUGCGGCUUUGUGAACUUUGAACGGGUCGACAGUGCCAUCUCCGCCAAGAACACAAUGAAUGGAAAGGAGAUCUUCCCUGGUGCCGGGCCCAUUCGCAUCAACUUUGCGAAGCCCCCCUCCGCUUCCAACACGCCAGGACAUGACGGAGCCAUGCCCUCGCCCAGCCCUGAUCCGUUUUCCAAGGGCCAGGACAACUCUCAGGGUAUGGGCACCGGUGCUCCCGGCGACUCUUCUCCCGCUGCGCUUGUGGGCACUGCGACGCCGACCGUGCCCCCUCUUGCUGAGAUGACCGGUGAUAUUCUCAGUAUUGUUGUCCAGUUUGGGGCGACUGAGGAAGACAAGUACAACAUCUCGGCUAGCCUCCAGCGGGCGAUCCAGUACGGCGAGUUCGUUGACGAAAUCCCUCCCAUCAAGGAACCUGCGCACACCAGAAUCCACGAUGCGCCCAAGCUCCGGGAUAUCCGCAAAAGGAUUGACAACCAGGCCUUGUCCCAGGCCGAGAUCGAGAGCAUUGCCGUUGACAUGCUUCCCGAGAUUGCCGAGCUUUCUUCGGAUUACCUUGGCAACACGGUCGUCCAGAAGCUCUUUGAGCACUGCUCUGAUGAUGUUCGCGAUCAGAUGCUGGCCGAGAUCGCGCCGCACAUGGCCGAGAUUGGCGUCCACAAGAACGGAACCUGGGCUGCGCAGAAGAUUAUCGAAGUGUGUAAGACACCGCACCAGAUGAACCUCAUUGUGCAGCACUUGCGCCCUUACACGAUCCCUCUGUUCUUGGAUCAGUACGGCAACUACGUUCUCCAGGGCUGCCUGAAGUUUGGAAGUCCCCACAACGACUUCAUCUUUGAGACCAUGCUGAGCAGAAUGUGGGAGGCGGCGCAGGGACGAUAUGGAGCUCGCGCCAUGCGGGCUUGUCUAGAGAGCCACCAUGCCACCAAGGACCAGCAGAGGCUGCUUGCUGCCGCCAUUGCUCUCCACAGUGUCAAGCUUGCGACCAAUGCCAACGGUGCGCUGCUCUUGACCUGGUUCCUGGACACCUGCACCUUCCCACAGAGACGCACAGUUCUCUCGCCCCAGCUUGUGCCCUACUUGGUCAAUCUGUGCACCCACAAGGUUGCUUACCUGACGGUCCUCAAGGUUAUCAACCAGAAGGCCGAGGGAGACGCCAGAGACACCGUUCUCAAGGCGCUCUUCUUCACCCCCAAUGAUCAGGUUUUGGAGGCGAUCCUGAGCGACCACGCCUGCGGAGCCACCUUGAUUUUCAAGGUGCUCACCACGCCCUUCUUUGACGAGACAAUCCGCAGCCAGGUAGUCGAGACGGUCAAGAAUGUGUUGAUUCGCAUCAAGGCCCAGCCGGGACAGGGUUACAAGCGGCUGAUGGAUGAAGUUGGACUGUCCACCCGCAGCGGUGGAGGCGGUGGAAACAGCGCCUCUCGCGAUCACAGCAAUGACAACAGGCAACGACCAGGCUCGAGACAGACCCCCGGCAACGCUCAGCACCACCAGCAACCGCAGCAGGCUCAACAAGCUCAGCAGCAGCAGCAGCAAGGUGGACAGUACAACGGCAAUGCCGCUCCUCAGUACUACAACCAUCUCAAUGCCCCUGCUGGCGUUCCUGGUUACGACAUGGCAUAUGGAGUUCCCCGUGGCGAGGGGGUUGAUGCCGGCUUGACCCAGCAGUUCCCAACCUUCCAGCAGGGAGCCAUGUACAAUGCACCAAACACGCCCAUGGCACCCGCCUCCAUCCAGCAGAUGCAGUACCAGCAGGCCAUGAUGCGGGGAGGGCCGCCCAUGAGCAACUACUACUCUGCCGCAGUCCCUGCUGGCUUCAACGGGUAUCCGGACCAGUACCGUAACAUCGGUAGCCCGAUCCAGCCCCCGAGCGCUCAGCUGUCGAACGUCCCCGGACAGGCGCCAUUCCCUCCGGCCCCCGGAUUCGGCAUGAACAUGAGUUAUGGCUAUGGUGGCCAGGGACAGAUGCCACCCAACAUGGGAUACAUGCCGCAGCAGGAGCAAGGCAACAACAGCCGACGUGGACGUGUAGGUCGCAGCCCACAACCUGACAGACGCCGUCAGUGA